AUGCCGAGCGGUCACACGGCCGAGAUACUGUCGCUGGCCGCGGCUCUGGACCGGCGCCGGUUCCGUCCCCGGGUGUACGUGGCUGCCGCUGGCGACGCGCUGAGCGGGGAGCGCGCGCUGCGCACGGAGAAGGAGGACGCCGCGCGCCUGGAGACGAUCCCCCGCAGCCGGCGCGUCGGUCAGUCGUGGGUGUCCAGUGUAUGGACCACGGCUGUGGCGCUGCUGGCCGCGCUCCGCCUGGUGUUCACCGUCCGACCGCGCCUGGUGCUGGCGAACGGACCCGGUACCUGCGUGCCCGUCUGCCUGGCCGCACUGCUCAUGAAGUGGCUGCUCUGGAGGCCGGUGCACGUGACUUUUGUGGAGAGCGUGUGUCGCGUGCGCUCCCUCUCGCUCAGCGGCCAGAUUCUGUACCGGCUAGCUGACGACGUGAUAGUGCAGUGGCCGGAGCUACUACAACGCUACCCGCGCGCCCUCUAUAUGGGCCGGCUGGUGUGA